AUGAAUAGUUACGCCUACAGUGAUGAGAUCAAUGGGCUAACGGUGAAUGGGAGCUCAGUGGGCUGGAACCAAACCCACCACUGCAAACUGUUAGAAGGUCUGGUUCCUGAUCAGCUCCAACUUUGCCGGAGGAAUCUGGAACUGAUGCACAGCAUUGUCCAAGCAGCCAAACUCACCAAAGUUACGUGCCAGAACACUUUCACGGACAUGAGAUGGAAUUGUUCAUCGAUUGUCAAUGCACCGCAUUUCACCCCGGAUUUGUCGAAAGGUACGCGAGAAUCUGCAUUUGUGUUCUCCCUGGCUGCCGCUGUUGUCAGUCAUUCUAUUGCUCGAGCUUGUGCGUCUGGCGAGCUCCCAAGCUGCUCUUGCGCUCCUGCACCGGCAGAGCAGGCGGGACCAGACUUCAGGUGGGGAGGCUGCGGUGACAACCUUCGCUACGGUCUUCAAAUGGGCUCCGCUUUUUCUGAUGCCCCUAUGAAAAACAGUAGAUCCGGCUCUCAGUCAUUCAGACUGAUGCAUCUACACAACAAUGCUGUUGGCAGACAGUCUCUCGUUGACGGCAUGCAAACGAAGUGCAAGUGCCAUGGCGUAUCGGGAUCUUGCUCAGUCAAGACAUGCUGGAAAGGACUACAUGAUAUUAAUCACAUCGCGACAGACCUGAAGUCAAAGUAUUUGGCCGCGACCAAAGUGAUUCACCGCCACGUGGGGACCCGCAGGCAACUGGUUCCCAGAGAGCUGGACGUUAGACCUGUGAGAGAUAGCGAGCUGGUCUACCUGGUCAGCUCCCCUGACUACUGCACACAGAAUGAGAGGCAUGGAUCAUUUGGAACACAGGACAGGCAGUGCAAUAAAACAUCCAAUGGCAGUGACAGCUGCAAUCUGAUGUGCUGUGGGCGUGGCUACAAUGCAUACACAGAAAGGAUAGUGGAGAGAUGCCAGUGUAAAUACCACUGGUGCUGCUACGUCACCUGCAAGAAGUGUGAAAGGACCGUGGAGAGAUAUGUCUGCAAAUAAUAUCCACCCAGGGCAGUAGGACUGAACGAAAGCACUAAAUUGGCUCACCUUUUAUACUUUUUUUCAACAUCAAGUGGAGGAAGACAGCUUCCACAGUUCCUAUUCAGGGAAAGGAACAAUAGGAUGGGAUUUUUCCAGGCCAUCGGUUGAAGACUCAGAGAAAAGGAGAUAAUCUCAAGUCAUCCUUUGCCCUAAGACACCUUACUUGAAAGUUGAUUCCUGGGGCUGAGCUGAGGCCUAUAGCCCCAAACCAAUCUGAGCUUCGUCAGAAGACUGUGAUAGUUGCAGAAAGGGGCUUAGAUGAUUGAUUGGGAGCAAUAGAAGUGCAAGCUUAAGGGGUAAAAGUUCCUUGUUGAAUGGAGAAGUGACUGAAUGGUACACAAUGGCGUGAAUCACAAAAAACAUUAUUCAAGCGCUCCGCAGAUGCUAAUUGCUCAGCCAGCUUUUACAUUUCUAAGUGAAAAUGGAGAGCUUCUUAAACACAGUUAAACAAACAAUUCUAAUCCUUACUCUUUUACUGAUUUCAAAAAGAAUAACUGUUAUUCAAUUUUGUAUGAAGCACUCCCAUCUCAAACUGUAUAUACAGUUGCCAAAUAAGAGAUACACUGCACUGAAAAUUAUUUGUUUGCAGCAGAGUGCUGGUUUCCUGAAA